CCUAUAAAUUUUCAAAGGCUGCUCGAUAUCUUUCAAAUUGAUACCCACAACAACAUAAAAAGCACUCUUUUACUGAUUACUUGAGAUUUUAGCCAUGGCAAUGAGUGAUGUAAAGCUUCUAGGUGCGUGGCCAAGUCCAUUCGUAAACCGGGUUCAAAUUGCCCUCAACUUGAAGUCCGUCGAUUACGAGUUGAUUGAAGAGAACUUUGGUACCAAAAGCGAGCUUCUACUGAAAUCGAAUCCGGUUCAUAAGAAAAUUCCAGUUCUAAUCCAUGGGGAUAAGCCAAUAAGCGAGUCUCUAAUUAUUGUCCAAUACAUUGACGAGUUGUGGACCUCGGGCCCAACUCUCUUACCUUCUGAUCCAUAUGAUCGGGCCAUGGCCCGCUUCUGGGCUGCUUAUAUUGAUGAUAAGUUAUUUCCAACAAUAAAGGAGCUCCGAUCAACAGAGGCAGAGGAGGCAAAAGCCGCAAUAGCACAGCGCAUGACGGAAGGACUGGUACUAUUGGAGGAAACCUUUGCCAAAUGCAGCAAAGGGAAGGGUUUCUUCGGCGGGGACGACAUUGGAUAUCUCGACAUAGCCUUUGGGAGCGGCUUGGCAUGGCUGAGGGUGGUGGAGAUGAUGACCGAUGUGAAGCUACUCGACGAGGCCAAGAUGCCGGGCCUGUUCGGUUGGGCUGAGAGGUUCUGUUCACAUGGUGCCGUGAAGGACGUCGUCCCGGAAACAGAGAAACUUUUCAAUGUAGCCAAGAUGAUUACGGCCAUAGCUAAAGCCCAAUAAUCUCUCAAUUGAUCAAUUUUUACAGUUGAAUAAUUCCCACUGGGAAGGUUGUCCCUUUUUGAGUUGUAGUUCAAUAAUUUGUCUUGUUUGUGGUACUUCACAUGGGGUUGGUUUGUCAUAGUUUUUCGUUGAUUUUUUACUUCGAGUUUUUUUUUUUGAAUGGCAAAGAAAUGUUAUUUGUCUUUGAAUAA